CUCCAUCAAAUAAACCAUGCCAAUAAAUAAUUCCGCGGAUUAUUAAUCCUCCGGGAUGAAUUCAGUUUUGGUUUUGAGGAUUAAUGUACGGAAAAACUGCCAAUGAUGUUGAAUUUUGAGUGUGGAUGAUCGUGGCGGCGGCGGCUGACGCUGAAUAUUUGUAAACACUGAAUUUGGCGCCAAUCUUCCCGCGUUAAUUUGUAAAAUUGUGCCGUAUUUUCAGGAUGGAAUUCGGGGGUCGAAAAGUACGCAAAAGCCGGAGAAUAGAAGUUGAAACAUCUUACCCCUGCAAUCUCCAGUUCUACUCAUCACCACCUGCAGGAUUUGUAUCACUGGCAGAAUUUGAUGAGAUGGCCAUUGAGAGACUAAAGAUUUUGAGGUCUGUUGAACGCUUGAACCUCAGUGGCCAAAUUAAAACCUCCGAUGACUGGAUGAACAAACUCUAUGAUGAUUUUGCAAAGAACAAGUAUUUUAUUCACACUGCUGAUAAAAUGUCAGCCAAUAAAAUGGAUGAAAUUGAGGCAGCAAGAAGACGUGACCAUGUAUCCCACUUUAUUCUGCGUCUGGCAUACAGUCGCACCGAGGAGCUCCGACGGUGGUUUAUCACUCACGAGACGGACUUAUUUCGUGCUCGCCUUCUCCACUGUUCUAAGAAGGGAGUGGACAUUAAAAACUUCAUGGCCAUUAAUAACCUGCAUUUUACACCAAUGUCUUCAGAGGAAGUACAAAUGGAAAGAGAAAAUUUGAUAGCUGGAACAUACAACAUAUCCAGUGGUGAUAUGAUGGAGGGACGAACUUUCUACAAAGUGCCUUUUACAGAAGCCCUGGAGCUGGUGAGACAAAGAAAAGUUUACUUACAUGGAGGUUAUGUGUACGUCCCUGACACCGACUUGGUUACUCUAGUUUCAACUGCCUUCAGAACUAACCUCUCCCAUGCACUUGCAAUAACAUAUAGAGCACUUCCACAGUUAGAAGACGACGAACGCUUGAUGAAACUAUUGCAGGACUUCGACAAACGUUACACAGGUAAUGACUAUACACAAAAGAAAAAGGGAGAUGGUGUUCACAUAACCCCUGAUAUGAUUGAUGAGCUCGCCACCAAGUCAUUUCCACUCUGCAUGCGUCAGCUAAAUGACACACUAAGGACUACACACCACUUGCGCCACGGUGGACGUCUUACUUAUGGCUUAUUCCUCAAAGCAGCAGGAUUGAGCUUAGAGGAUGCUCUCUACUUCUGGAGGUCCCAUUUUACUAAGAACAUGGACAUAGAUAAGUUUGAGAAACAGUAUGCAUACAAUGUUCGAUACAACUACGGAAAAGAAGGCAAGAGGACAGAUUAUACUCCUUAUAGCUGUAUGAAGAUCAUUAUGAUGAGCAUAGGGCCAGGUGAUGCCCAUGGUUGUCCUUUCAAGAUCACUGACCAUACUAUUUUGCGACAACGCCUCACUAGCUUUAAUGUGUCACAGCAAGCUAUUAAUGAAAUAAUGGAUUUGGUAAGCAAGAACCAUUAUCAGGUGGCUUGCCAGCGGUACUGGGAGGCCACUCACAACUCUACCCUAGAUGCUGGUAUAAAUCAUCCAAACCAGUACUUUGAGGAGAGUUUCAAAAUUUUAAAUGGACUCUCACAACCAAGUCAAGGAAAGAAGGCACCACAAGUGAAAAUGAGCCGCUCUGUUAUGUAUUCAACACAAUCCACACAAUCUUCAACUCAGUCCAUGGAAGAUGCAACACAGAGUAGCACCACUGAAUCGGAUUCUAUGAUCUUUGAUGAUGAAUUGGAUUCUCUUAUGUUGGAGCAGUAUAUGGACAUGUCAAAAGCUUGAUAGAAGCUUUCAUAGGUGUUGUAAUAGCCAAAAAAAUAUGAGUUGGCUCUGGUCUGGUUAUUCAAUGUAACUGAGUACAAGUUAUGGCUAAGGUGUGAAGCAAAAGUAUGUACUAUAUAUAUACACAAAAUUUUAACCCUAAUAAGGAUGACAUGGAGAUGUUUUCAGGUUGCAUCCAUUUUUGUGUAACGUAUCAUUUGACCUUGAAAAAAUCUUGACACUACCUGAUUAUUAAGGCUGUUGGUAGCUUACGUAACUUCUUAUAUAGGACAGUGAAACUUUUUUCAGCAACACUCCAGAAACUUUUCAUUUCAUUCAAACUUUUCAAGUUUGUGAGAUUGCAGGGUAUGAUUCUGUGUUGAAACUGUAGUAUUGACUUUGUGCAUCUUGCUAAUACUUGCUUUCAAGAGUUAUGAUACCAAAGCACUUAUAUCAUUUACCAAAUCAGUCAGUCACUAAAUUUAUCCUAAGAGUGACAUGAAAUUAUAAUAACAUGAUUGCAAACAAAUCAGGAAAUGGGGCAGGGUCUGAACCCAUGGCAAGAGAGUCCUAAAACUUACUGGCCUGUGAGUUUUAAGACUUGCCAUGGUUUCAGACUCCACCCAUUCCACGAUUUAAUGCUAAGAGUAUUAGCUCUGACACUCGCGUAAUUUUUUUUUUUUUUUUUCGUUAGCACUAGCCAUCUCCCCAAGAAAAAAGAGGAAACACUUGCUCAGAAGUGUGCUGACAUUAUGGUUCAGAUGACUCCAAAUUUCACACUUCUCACCCCUCCUUAGUCAUCCUGCUAUUCUGCUUCAUCUGGAUUUCAAAACAGAAUUAGAAUGCAAAUUGUAUAUGGCAUGAGGUCUGGCAUUAAUAUUAUAUAUUUAAAUAUGAAUAUAUUCACUAAAAAAUAAGCAAAAUGGCUAAAUGUAAGUCAGAAUGAAUAAAUUAGUUAUUUUGUGUGAUAAUAAAAUGAAAAGCCUAUUUUCUUUUGAUUAUAUACGUACUUGUAUGUUUCUUAAUUAGUUUUUCUCACCAUUCAUGCUAGAAUGUUGCUAAUACUGGACAUUAUUGUUUGAGAAUAUUUUGCCAUUGUUCUUCUUGUAUCUUGUCUGAUUUUGCAAUUUUUCCCUAAACAAACAAGCUUUACUUCCGUAAGGAAGAGUACAAUGUAUUAUACAAUUAGGGUGAUUCGUCAUAUAUAAACUAAAGAAAGCCCUUUUUUAUACAUAGCAUUUCAUGCUGCCUUAAAAUUAAAUUGUGAUUACAGUUAUCUGAGAAAAGGAAUACACAGUUCUUAAAAUAUUGGAGGUAUUUCAUAAUGACAAAAAUGUAAUUUAUGGUAUAUUACUUAAAGUUAUCUAUGGGGAAGUGGAACAGAAUUCGUCCUCUGUAAGACAUGCGUGUCAUAAGAGGCGACUAAAAUGCCAGGAGUAAAGGGCUAGUAGCCCCUUCUGUAUACAUUACUAAAUUUAUAAAGAGAAACUUAUUUUUCUUUUUGGGCCACCGUGCUUUGGUGAGAUGGCCGGUGCGUUGAAAGAAAGAACGAUUGCUUAAAGUUGAUAGAUUUCAUGAUUCAUUACCCAUUGAAGGCAAUAAUAAAUUGCUGCAGUUCUGUAGCUUAUCUAAACUCCAUACUGAGCUCUAGAGAUCAUGUUACCCUAUUGUUUAUGGCAUUAGUAAUUAUAGGUAUCUUGCUGUAUGUCAGUCAAGCCAUCAGCACUUAAUUCUGCACGAUGAGAAUUAUAAUACAGUGGGUGUACAUUGUAUAGAUGGAAUUAUCAGUAGAAGUGGGAUAUUGCACAAUAGUAAAUUUGCAUAAAGGGAACCUGUAUUAUGCUACAAGAGCAGGGUUACCAUCAUGAUCUCACAUCCUCAGUGUUUAUUGCUACAGUAGCAGUGUAGAUAUUCUCACUGUAUCCCAUUUUCAGUAUGUGUAACUACAGGAGCCAAGCAGUGCUUGUCUUCCAUCUUCAGUGAUUGUGGCUAUAUAACCAAAGUUAUGCUCAUGGUGUCCCAUCUUCAGUGUUUUAUCUGGAAAGAUGUGUGCAAAAGGUAAAAUGUAUAAUAAAGAAUUCUGAGAUUUUUGGUAGUAUAGGACUAAUUGGAUGCAAAGGGACAGAAAGAAAGAAUUGCAUAUAUAUGUACAAUUUAGCACGAGAGUGUACUCUGACUGUCAUGAAAGUCAGUUGUAAUGCAGUAGUAACCAUUAAGAAAAAUUUAACCUAGCAUAUUGUAAUUGUGCAAUUCAUUGGACUAUGUUUAAAGUCUAAUUUUAAGAAACAUAUAUACUUUAAGUUAAUGUACAUCCAUAAAAAAUUAAAACAUUAUUACACAAGAUACCAUUGUAUGUUGUAUAAAUAUUUAGGAAUAGAAAAAGCUCAGGUGUUGUGAAUGCGUGUACAGUAUAUAAACUUUCAGGUGUUGUACUAUCCAUCCAGCUGUUACAAGUGUGUGCUGCUUCUCCACCUGUUUCAUGUUUGUGUGUACUACUAAUCCAACCAUUUCAAAUGUGUGUGUGUGUGUGUACCAUCCAUCCAUCAGCUUCAAGUGUGUGUGUACUGUCCAUCCAAAUGGUUUAGCAUUUACUGUAUUAUGAAUAUUAGUUGGAUUAAAAAAUAGCAAGGUGCAUCCUGCUAUUAAACUAAUAAUUUCCAUUUUUAAAAAUGUAUUAAGAGUUUUUUAUUAAUGUAAAUAAUGGCAAAGCAUUUAUACCUCUGUAAAAUAUUUAUUUUAUAAAUCCAUUAUCUAU